CCAAUACAGGUCUGCCGCAUAAUUACCGGAUACGUCACAACAUACGCGAUCCCCGCCUAUGCUGGCAAACUAAGGGUUGCUGCUGUGUCGGACCUGCGUGGACGGCGGUCCCCGUUUCGCCCCCUACGAGUGAAGACAUCAAGAGAUGUGUAUGAGCAGUCAGGCCAUCCCACGGCUGAGUAUUAUCGUAAAUUGGCCUCGAGGAUGUCAACGUUCGGCCACGCACCACGCAUGGGUUUGGCUGGCCAACGUUACACAGUAAAUGUGAACGAAAACCCAGGGUAUUCGCAGGAUAUUUUAGGCACAAUGCGAUGCUCCCGCCGUUGGAAAUUACUCUUGCUAGCCCGCUGUCAAGGAGUUGAGUAGGUACAGCAAGGGGCAUACGUGGUUCUGUAAGUGCGGGUAUCCCAUUCGCAGACGUAGCCUGGAGCGUCGUCGUUCACUGAUAUAUAGGACUUUCUCUGCUGUGUUCUGUCGCUAAAUCUUACUUACUUCCCCAGGUCUUCUCAACCAUGGCGUUGAGUGACGGAUUUCUCGCUCUUCUCUUCGUGGUAUCCCUCGCUAUAGCUGCUUAUGGCGUAACACAGCGCAAACGCUCCAACCUUCCGCCAGGCCCUAGCGGCCUUCCGAUAGCUGGCAUGGCCUUUGAGAAUGCCAAAGGCUAUCAGUGGUUGAAUUACGAGAAGUGGGGGAAGCAAUAUGGUUGGUCCCAGUAAUA